AGUAGUCACACAGUUGUUUCAUUAUUACAGUUGAAGGCAAGGCAGCUGUUAUGGGUUGAGUUUUUGAUGCAUGUUUUGUGGCUGCUCUUGUGUUUUCUUUCUGUUCUCCUGUCCUUCCAUGAGCUGCAGGGCUGGCGUGGGGCAGAGGCGGGGCUGACCUACUUUUCCACCACGGGCUGCGAGGCACACCUGGUUUCCAUUUACCUCAUCUACCUCACUAUAAAGCUGGCUCUGACUUCACUUCGGUGCCAGAUAAUUCUGUCUCGUUCGUUUGGUGCCUCGCCGCCUUUUGUUCUCCAGAGCUCUCGCCUCCUGCCACCACCAGGCAGCUCACUCUCCGUGCAGCCGUUUUUGUGUUUUUGCUGCUGCUUUUGUAAUAAAUUAUUGUAAAUUUUACUCCGCCUGUCUCCUGCUACUUGGGUUCCUUUGGGGUUCUCGCCAGUCCUUAACAGAAUUAUCUGGCCUAAAGGGACCCAGCAGAGACAGAGCGUUUGAGACAGGCACUCGCUAAUCAUGGUUGGCAACCACGACGCCAUGUUGAAGCAGAUUUUGGAACACAUGCACCAGUUAAUGAACAGUCGCGGACAAUUCUGUCGCGGACCGUAAUAUUUGUUCAGAUUAUGCCUGUUUUUCUGAUGAAAUGAAGAAAGUUUUUGAUCAUGUCAAAGGGAGAGAAGCUACGGAUAAAUUAUUAGAUUUACGACAGGGCAGCCAGUCUGGCGGUUUCUUUCCGCAUUCUUGCGGUAGAAAGCGGUUGGAACAACUCAGCUUUACAAGCUAUUUUUUGUAUCAAUCAAUCAAACUUUAUUUAUAUAGCGCCUUUCAUACAUCAAAAAUGCAACCCCAAAGUGCUUUACAAACUAAAAAUAUACAAAAAAAAACUGCAAAUAUUUAAAACCCGCCCCUCCCACACCCACAUAACAGAACAGGGGAGGACAGGAGCGGGAGAACUGUGGGUCGCCACACGAGCAGCACCCCGUUUACUUAGAUGAAAAAAGGAGAACAAGAGGGAGGAAGAGGGAAAAAAAAGCAACUCCCAAACUAGGCUCCUGUAGGGGGGCACAGUGUGGGAAUAGCACAGUGUAGUCACAGCACAGACACUGGGGGGCGCGCACGCAGCCACAUUUGGGCGCAUCGCAUCACCCUCCCAUGCUACAUUGCGACGAAGGGAGGGAGCCAACAAGGCGCUGAGUUGGAGGGGGUGUGCGUGUUAUAUGUGUCUUCAUGUGUGUGUAUGUGUAAGUCCAUGUACUUCAUCUCCACUCUGUCCCAACCCAUUGUCUCUGCCAUCUGAUAACUGAUGACGAAGACACAGCCGUUGCCGUGGAGAUGACCUCGGAGAGUUCUGAUCCAGAAACAAAGUUCACAGGAGGAGGGGGUGGUGCAGGUGUCUGCAUAACAUCCAAGAGAGUGGAGAGGUUCAUCACCUCAUCAUGUCGGUCCCUUGCAGAACUCAGACUGAUGCCAGGGUUGCUUUUCAAUCAUGUAAAAGUUCUGAUCCAAAAGAUCGAGUUGAGUUCUACGACAACUGGGUAGAAAACUAUGAAAAGGAUCACAGCCUGAUGAGCUACAGAUCACCACACCUGGCAGUAGACUUCCUGUCUGAAAACUUCUCUGGGAGUCCUGAAGAAGCUCGGGUUCUGGACGUCGCCUGUGGGACCGGAUGGGUCGCUAAACUGAUGGCUGAACUGGGCUUCAGGCACUUUAUGGGAGUGGACGGCAGUAAAGGCAUGCUGGAACAAGCUGCAAAGACUGGCCUCUAUCAGGACCUCAAACUGGCCCUACUGGGACCAGAACCACUGCCUGCACCGACUGAUACGUUUGAUGUGGUGAUCGUCACCGGUGGUAUGGAUGCUGGUUUCAUACCGGUCAGUGCUGUCAGGGAGUUCUGCGAUGCUGCCAAACCAGGAGGUUUUGUCUGCAUUUCGAGAGGUGACCACACAGCAACACCAUCAAUUGAAUUCAGGAAGGAACUGGAGAGAGAGCUGCAGCUGAUGGAGGACGAGGGACUGUGGAGUCCAGUAGGAGUCAAAGAGACGGACAAAUACAUGGAAAACCCACAUCUGGAUGCUGAGAGAGUCAAGGACCUGCAGCAGGAGGAGCGAUACAUUAGCGGGAGAGUUUAUCUCUACAAGAAAUCCAUCCAUUAAAAUCAGAAGUUAUGGCAACAUUAAACAGAAAAUAAAGGGGCAUCUUACAGCUGAGUUAAAAUAAAUGUGGGUUAUACAUAAUGCAGAGCAACCCAAUGUAAAGUAAGUCAGAAAUAAACAUUUUUCAACAAA